UUUUCCUGUUAUAAAUAAUCUUCAAAUAAAUAUGGGCUUGCACAAAAACUGAGGUCAAAAUUGUGUCCUGGAGAAAUUCCUGAGAAAACUUAUGUGGUUAUGGUAAAUGUUCUGCAAAAUGCAUGUGCUUCUUUUCCAUGUUUUCCUUAUUAAUCUAUAUAAUAAUACGCUAAGUGUGUCUGUCUGUGACAGGCAAAGUGGAAGUCUUCAUUUUCUUUUGAUGUUGCCGAAAAAUGCACGUCUAAUGUGUUAAAUUUUCAGACCUUACGGAGCGACGAAAAUAACACUACUUUAACGUCAAUAUCCUAUAUUAAAUUAAUGAAGCCAUUACAGUGCACCUAAAACUUUGAGGCCAAAUAACUUGGAAACGAAGUGGUGAUGUCAAUGAUUUUUCACCGCGUUGGUAACUAGGGACCACCUGGAACUAAUUUGGAUGUUUGACUCAAAAGCAAAGAUAUUUCAUUGGGUACAACUUCUGUUUCUAGAUUAACCUCUUUUGAACUAAUGAUUACAGGCCUAAAGAAAAAAAGUUAUCAAGCAUGUCAACCCUUGCUGAGUUUCCACCUCCAGGAAGACAACCAACAAUUGGAGAAAGAAACUCAAAACUUGUUUCAACUGAUGAAAGCUGUGUUAUAACUGACUACAGAAGGAUUGAUUUAACAGAUACAACCUCACACACAAAAAGUUUAGCUUGCUUAGAAACUACAUGCAAAGCAGCUUUUGUUAACGAAGAACAACAUUUGAUUGAGAAACUUCAAGAAGAAUGGAAUAAAAAUGGGUUUUCAGGAGUAUUUAAAGAACUUCAAUCUUCAAAAAAUGUUCAUACUUCUAUAAAAUCGCUGUCAUUAGCGCUUCACAAUGGAUUGGAACUACUAAGCUCCUGGCGUGAAAAAAUUAUGCCUAAAAAAACAUUUCAUUACACAUCUAACAAUUCACCACUAUUAGCAUGUCAUCCACACCUUCCAAGAAUGGCCAUUGUGUUAAAGGAUCAAACAAUAAAAGUGAUGACAGUGAAUAAAAUAAACGAACAAGACGUCUUGUUAAAAGAUAAAAGAAUAAAAAAAGUGACUUGUCUUGCUUGGAGGCCGAAGUCGUCAUUAAGUUUGGCUGUGGGUAGCAGUAAAGGAAUUCUUGUCUGGUUAUUGGACCCAAAUAUCACCACAGUAAGGUCUGGUUCGAAUAUGACGAGGUUUUUACAGUCACGUGACAUGUCUUCUGAUGUUAACUCAAUAAGUUGGAGUUCAGAUGGAAAGCUUUUAGCAUGUUCUAGCGUCAACUCAUCCUGUUUUUGGAUUUGGAGUAUAGUGUCAGAACGGAAUACCCCUAUACACCGUGUAGGUAGUGCAAUAACGUUUGUGGACUGGUCGCCAUGUGGGCAAAAAUUGUUAUCUGUAAAUCAAUCCCAGACAUUCAGGGUGUGGGAGACAAUGCAGUGGACGUGUGAAAAAUGGGCUGAUCUAAACGGCACUUGUUCCAAUGCUUGCUGGAGCUCCUGUGGGUCUUACUUAUUGUUUACAGUGGCUUGUGAACCAAUUAUAUAUUACGUUCAUUUCGAUAGCAAAAGCAAUAUUGAUGUGGGGAGUACUGGAGUAGCUUUGAAAUGUGCGGAUCUGUCUGCGUGUGUGGAUACUGAAGAUGAAAAUGAAAUAGGUGGACUUAUUACAGAUAUGGUAUGGGAUCCAACAAAUUCAAGAUUAGCAGUCACAUGUCAAGGACCUUCGAGUAACCAACCAUAUGUCGUUUUGUUUCACACAAGAAUCGCUCCGUUGUUGCAGCUAAUUCCUUGUGGUUUUAUUCGUGGGGAAGAUUGUGAGGUUCCAUUGAAGAUUGAUUUUUUGCAUGGCUAUGAUAUGGGAGCUCUCAUGGCUGUUUACUGGUCAAGCGAGACGAUCUCACUUAUUCCACUUUUAUAUAACCAGAACUUGUCUUCGUCACCCAGAUAUCAUCUUGCACACAUAAAUGAACUGAAUACCACAACGAAUAAAAAUAGAGAUUACAGUACGGUGGAAAACGAAACUGUAAUAUACAGUCAGUUCCAUGAUUGAUCGCGUAAAUGUGAACAGGAUCUUUUUUAUUGUAUAAAUACUUUUGUUAAAAAAAAAAAUUCUUUAUUAA